GGUCUGGCUCCACUGUGGUUGCCUCUACGUCUGAGAAAAGGACGACGCGGGUUAUGCGGUGCCUGCCAGACUUAGGCCAGACUUGCAGAUUUUGAUAUGACACACAUUGCUUUUCAGGAAUUCUUUCCCAAGGUUGCUGCUUGGGAGGGCAACUGGUCGGUAAUUUUGGCCUGCUUGGCUGUCAUACUUGGUGGGCUGCUAACGAUAAAGAACUUUGCUUCAAAGAACCCACGCGCAAAGGACAAACGCUUGCCACCUGGCCCAAGAGGCAUUCCACUACUUGGCUAUCUUCCAUUCAUAUGGAAACCGUACCACGUGGUGUUCCAAGAGCUGAGUGAGAAAUAUGGACCAAUCAUAAGACUUCAGCUCGGAAUCAAGGAUGUCGUCGUACUGAACGACGUGGCGUCCGUUCGAGAAGGACUCUCGAAUUCUGACGUCCUCUAUCGAUCCAACGAUUUCGUCUUUAAUUACCUCGACGUGAAUGGCAUUGCUGCAUUGAACGGCGAAGCAUGGCUUGUCAACAGAAGAUAUUGCUUUCACGUAUUGAGAAACCUGGGUUUUGCCAAGAAAUCUAUGGAGGAACAUAUUCACGAAGAAUUAGAAUGCUUCCUGCAGUUUCUGGCAUCAGGCAAAGGACAACCAAUGCGGAUAGCUCAGCCACUCGCAGCCAGUGUUGCCAACAACAUCUCGGCACUGGUUUUUGGGCGGCGCUAUGACUUGGAGGAUCCCAAGGGUCGCUAUUUCGAGGGUCUGCUCAGCAUGUUUUUGCGCAACGCAGACUUCUUCUGUGUCAUGGAUUUUCUUCCCGUGGUUCGCACACUGGCUUCUUACAUUCCAAACUCGAAGUUGCGCAUCAUGAACUACGUAAUGAAGGAGCUGACGCAGCAUGUCAGAGACGCAGUUAAAGAGCAUGAAGAAAACAUGGACUACUACGCAGAGAGAGACUUCAUUGAUGGAUACCUGAGGAAGAUAAAGGAAAACAAGGGAACUGAUUGUCACUAUACGAUGAAAUAUCUGGAAGGUAACGCGAUCAACUUCUAUGGCCCAUCAACCAAUCCUGUGCGGACGGUCAUCCUGUGGAACCUGUACAUCGCUGCCAGUGACCCCGAUGGCCAGCAGGCGCGCGUACAGCGAGAAAUCGACUCCGUCGUGGGCCGCCAGAGGGCGCCGGAGUGGCAGGACCGCCUGCGCAUGCCGUACACCAUUGCCUCCAUUCUGGAGACGUUGCGCUGGAGGACUUCGUCGCCUCUCAGCCUGCACCGGGUUGCGGGGCGUGACACAGUAAUCGGUGGAUACCAUGUUCCUGCUGGUACUUUAGUCGUACCGAACAUGUGGAGUCUGAACAACGAUCCGGCAAUCUGGCGGAACCCAUCCCAGUUUGACCCAACACGUUUCCUUAACACAGAUGGCACAGAGGUGGAUGAAAAGCCGUUGGCCUUCAUACCUUUCAGUGUGGGAAGGAGGGCGUGCCCGGGUGAAACUCUGGCUCUUAUGGAAGUCUUCCUAUACGUGACCACGGUGCUCCAGAAGUUCAAGGUCCUUCCUGAAGAAGGAAAACAUAUAUCCCUCGACAUUGAGCGUGCUCUCCUGACCGUGGUCGACGAUACGCAAGGGCUUCGCUUCUUAUCACGAAUGUUCGCUUGGGAAACAACCUGGCUGGUCUCGGCGUUGUGGCUGGCGCCUAUACUCGUGAGUAUUCUGUUCAUCGUGCGACUCACAGCGGGACAACAACGAGACGAUUGCAAGCGUCUGCCUCCAGGCCCAAAGGGUGUACCAAUACUCGGCUACAUUCCAUUCAUGCGGAAGCCGUUUCACGUCAUUUUCCAUGAGCUCAGCAAAGUGCACGGACCGAUUGUUGGGCUUCGCCUUGGGUCCAAGGAUGUGGUAGUGCUAAACGACCUGGCGUCAAUCCGGGAAGGACUGGCAAAUCCCGACGUGCUCUACAGGCCAGACGAUUUCAUCUUUCGUUACCUCGGAGUCAGAGGUAUUUUAACUAUGAACGGAGAACCAUGGCAAGUGAACAGAAGGUAUACCUUUCAUGUACUGAGGAACCUUGGAUUUGCCAAGAAAUCUAUGGAGGAACAUAUCCGAGAAGAGGUGCAGGACUUCACCGAUUACUUGUUGACAAAGAACGGUCGACCGACGUUGGUGGGACAGACUGUCGCGGCCAGCGUGGCCAACAACAUCUCGGCGCUGGUGUUCGGGAGGCGGUAUAACCGGAAAGAUCCCGAAGGUCGCUUCAUCGAGAAACUUCUCACCAGCUUUCUGCGCCACUCAAGCUUCCUAUCGCUCGUGGAUUUCCUGCCAGCAAUUCGGUUCAUCACUGCGUACAUUCCGAACACGAGAACGUACAUCACGAAUAACCUCUUUAAAGAAUUCGCUCAGCUCGUGAGGGAGGAGGUGGAAAAACGAGAAGGAAACAUGGAAAUGCACUUGGACCGGGACUUCCUGGAUGGAUACUUGAGGAAGAUUCAAGAGCAUGAAGGCACCGAAUCCCACUAUUCUACACGCUACUUGGAAGGUACCACAAUCAACCUGUACGGCGCGUCAACCAACACCGUAAGGAGCACCAUACUCUGGAACCUGUAUAUUGCUGCCAAUGAUCCAGAUGGCCACCAGAAACAACUGCAGCGUGAGAUUGACAACGUCGUAGGCCACAAGAGAUCGCCUCAGUGGCAAGACAGGUACAGCAUGCCGUUCACGAUGGCUUCCAUACUGGAGAGUCUGCGCUGGAGAACUAUGGCCCCCAUCAGCAUACACCGGGCCGCAGGUCGGGACACUGUCAUUGGAGGGUACCACAUUCCUGCUGGCACCUUAAUUGUGCCAAACCUAUGGGCCGUCCAUAAUGAUCCUGCCUGCUGGCUUAACCCAUCCAAGUACGACCCCACGCGAUUCCUCAGCACUGACGGCACGAAACUGAACGAGAGGCCUCGGGCGUUCAUGCCUUUCAGUCUGGGAAGACGCGCAUGCCCAGGUGAAUCUCUGGCUCUUAUGGAAAUUUUCCUAUACGUGACCACGGUGCUCCAAAAGUUCAAGGUGCUUCCGAAACAUGGCACUACACUCUCUUUCGAUAUUCAGCACGUCCUCAUCUCCGCGCCGAACGACGCGCAAGCCUUGCGUUUCAUCUCACGUUGAAUAUCUAGCGGCACUGCUUUGAAGGUUUCGUGAGAAACUGUAGGAAAAGUUCCAUUAAAUGUUACUGGUGAAUCUGA